AUGGUGUCAGCGAGAUGGUUCAACGAGUGGGCUCAGUUUUCUAAUUUCAAUGAUAUAAAUGAUAUGUUUUAGAUCUCAGACUCUAAUUAGAAGGUUAAUAUCAAGUAUAUUGAUAACUGGGAUUUGAUUUGGAGUGGCUAUAAACUAAGAGAUAACUUACAAGAGGGAGUUGACUACUAUUUGCUCAACCAGAUUUCAUGGAAUACACUAGUAUCUUAUUAUUCUGGAGGUCCUGAGAUAUGCUUGUUCAUUUGCUAGGAAGCAUUUGAAUCUUACAAUAUGCUGCAGCUUUAGCUAAGCACUGGCUCAGGAACAGAUUUUGGCUACAUCGGAGGUUUUCCAGAUCUGAAUCCUAUCUAUAUUAACAUUGAGUACAAUAAUGAUACUAAGUCGUUCAAAUUUUGCUUGCCAGUUAGUAAACAUGUUCCUGUUAGUAUUUUCAAGCCAUGGCUUCUUUCAAAAUUAAGUUUUAUCAGUGGUCGAGAAUAAUAUAAUCUUUCGUAUCAAGGAUAAAGAAUUAUGCCUCAGAUGAAUCUUAAAAAUAUUGGACUUAAAGAUAAUGCAACUAUUCAAAUAGUUAAAGCAGAUGAGACCUAAAAUUAAACCCGCUCAGUACAGAUAGUUGAAAAUGACUAAGGAAAAGUUUUUUAAUUAGAUUUGGAUUUGAGGGAGGAUAUCAAGGAAAGGAGAAAUAGAUAAAUGCAUCUCAAUCAGACAAUCCCUAGAAACAUUGAUAUUGAUCCAAUAUAUCAAGAUGACCCAGAACUAUACUAAGCUAUGCUUCUCUCGAUGAAUGCACCAAAGAUUACUGUUGAAGAUUUUGACAAAAAAAACCCAUCUAAGCCUUAAAUCCCUUUUAAGACGAAAUAGGAGGUAUAUGCAGAGAUAAGAGAAAGGAAACUAGAGUAAUUUGCUUUAGCUAGAGCAAGAGCUGCUGAGUGUUUGAAUGAUAGAAAGAUUAUCUUUAAUAAGUUCCUUAGCUUCGAAGAAAUAGGCAGAAAUGUAGUUUAACUUUCUAAAAAUAGAGUUCUUAACCCAUAGUAAAUGAUGAAAAAACAAGUAUCCUAAUGCUCCGAUUGUGAGUGA